GUCGUAAGAUAGAUAUUUAUUUGUAGUUGUAGUCUGUCGCGACCAUUACGUGUUCUACUGUAUAAACAGGUGUAUUAGAUUUAUGAUGAGUGAUGGUAAGAAAGUAGGUGAAAAUUCCAGUAGUGAGGUUGUUAACCAGUUUCGAAGCUGUAGGGAUCUCAGCGAUAUCGUGCCCUUGUACACACCACGCGCGCUUUAUUUAAAACCAGUUGCAAAAAUAAAUGUAUCUGUUAAUCUUCCACAACUGAAGGUCCCAGGAAAAACUAUAUCAACAUGGGAAGUAAUGGAGAAGAUACGUGCCCUUAUACUACCGGACGAGUUUGCAUCUCUGAAGGUAGCCAAGAGUACACUGGAAUUUAUCAGAUUGGAAGGAGACUUACAAGACAGGAGCAGGUUACAGCGUGUGCUUGCCAGGUUGGACUCACAACGUCUGAAUCUGUCUGGAUUCCCCAAUGUUCUAAAAGUACGGGCAGCAGAGACAAAGGAUGAGUUUCCCACAAGGCAUAGUUGGGAUUCAUAUUUUCGAGACACCAAACAUAUGAAUGAAUUGAAGCCUGGAGAGAGGCCUGACACUCUUCACAUAACAGGCUUGCCUGUUAAAUGGUUUAUAGAAGAUGGUGGAACCAUGCCUAGUGAAUCACUGAUUAGCAAAAUUUUCAAGAAGUGGGGAACACUCAGGAGAAUUGACGUGCCUGCUGCCGAUCCUUAUAGAUUUAGAAUGCGGCUUGGUACAAACAUAAAUAAAUUUAGUUUUGAAGAUGGAAUAUUUUUUGAUGCCUACAUCCAAUAUAUCGAAUAUAUGGAUUUUGUUAGAGCAAUGGAUGCACUACGUGGGAUGAAAAUUCUUAAAAAAGAAGGAGAAAAUGCAUUUACUGCUGCCAUUAAGGUCACAUUUGAUAAAACUAAGCACAUGAGUGACAGUACUGUCGCACACAGAGAAUUUGAAAGGAAACGCCUCAUAGCUCAGGAUACAUUAGCAGCAGAGAGACUUCGCAAGAAAGAAGAAGCUGAAGCGAAACGACGCGAAGAACUGAAGAAGAAAGAAGAAGCUGAAGCAAUAAUAAAAAAAGGCAGACGACAAAAAAGAGAAGAGAAACGCAAACGCAAAGUUUUAACUAUAUUUCGUAAAAAGGAGGAAGAUAAAGUGUCUAUGAAAAUAGCUAGAGAGGGACAGAAGUUAAUAAAAGCUCAAAGACAGCUUGAAAGUAUUCGUUUGUUGGAUGAGUUAUUUGAUAGAAUAAAGAUAAGAGUGGAAAAUAAUGAAAUUAAGAUAGAUGAUGUGAAUGUGGAUUUAAAGAAGGACGAUAAAAAAAAUCAUAAACAAGAUGGCACAGAGAAAAAGAAAAAGAAAAAACAUAAAAAGGAAAAAGACUCUGCUAAUUCCGCAAGUUUGAGUGAGAUCUCAGACGCAGAAGGGCAAACAAAGAAAUUGAAGAGUGUCCUAAAUCAGAAUGUUUCAUAUCCAUCUUCAUCUGCAGCGCCUGCUCCCUUGGAGUCUCUUCCUUACCCACCACUCUAUCCACGAUUUCCACAACCAUGGUACUACGAAGCUGCGUUACCUUUGAUUUAUCCCUCGUUGUCAAGGGGUAUGCCCAGAGGAGGUCGGUUUUCACGUGGAAGAGGAGGUAGAGGAUUUCUGUGGCGGAAUGGCGGAAACGCCCGCUCGUUACAAACAUUCAACCCUCAUCUGUACAAUGAGCAAUAUUACAAGUACUUUGCGCAUUUAGUAGGCCAGGAUUAUCAUACGCUUGAGUAUAGAAAUUCACGGUCCCAUAGUCGUAAUAGAUCGUUGAGCAGAUCGCGAUCAAAAUCUAAAUCAAGAUCAAGGUCCAGGUCAAGGUCUAAAACCCAUUCCAGAACAAGGUCCAGGUCUCGGGGUAGAUCAAAGUCACGGUCAAGGUCAAGAUCAAGAACUCGUUCUAGGUCACAAAAUCGGAAACGAAGUAGAAGCAGAAGUAGAUCGCGCUCGAGAAGACGCCGAGGAAGAUCGAAAUCCAGAUCGAAGUCUUCUUCCAAAGUACGGUCCCGAUCUCGUCGGUCGAGAUCCAGAAAAACGACACGAUCUCGAAGUCGUACGAGAUCUCGAAAUAACAGCAGAAAUCGGUAUAGACGAAGGCGGGAUAGAUCGGUGGAGAAGGUGAGGGUCACAAGGGCAAAGUCCCGUUCCACGUCGUCCAAGAGAAGAUCUCGCAGUAGCACUUGGUCCUUGCCGAAGUCGCCUGAAAGAAGUUGUUCCUGGUCGAAAAUCGCGGAUGCUAUUAAUAAUAAAGUGAACUCGGAUAAGUCACUGACUACGGAGAAACAAGGUGCCACGGACAAAGAAACGUCACAAAGUUCUCAGCCGGAGAACGUAACUUCCGACACACAAAAAUCGAAGACAGAUCUUCCGACUUGUAUCUCCGAUUCCGCCACAUAAAAUGAAUGCUUGGGUGGUGUACAACUCUGUAUAAAAGCCGCGUGAAUUUGUGUAACUAUCCUAUUACACAUGUCUAGUAUUCUUUUGACGAAAAGAAGAUAUAUUUUUGUUUAUGUGAUAGUUCUUCCUACCCCUAAACAAUGAAA